GCUGGAGUGCCGUGGUGCCAUCUAGGCUCACUGCAGCCUCAACCUCCCAGGCUCAAGUGAUCCUCCCACCUCAGGUCCUAAAGGAAGAGUCACUACACUGGGGACUGUUUGGACAAGGAGAUCCACGGGGCAGACUUGGCGGGAUAGUGCCUGGGGCAGCUUGGAUCCUGGGGCUGCCUCCUCCUUCCUCAGCCCCUCCCUGGUCAGGCGCUCCUGGGGUGGGGUGGGGGAGUCCAGGCUUGUCUUGCAACUGAUUGUUCUCUUCGGACCCUCCCUGGCGAUGCCAGAUUCACUGGGCCGGCAGAUUCUGCCCCCAAACCUGUCCAACCAGUUGUUCGAGAGGAGGGGGUACCUGGGAGGGGCAACAGGAGAUGCCAGGAACAGCUUCCCCUAGCCCAGCACAGACUACAGACCAGGGAGCCUCUGGAGCUGCAGACACUGCAGACAGACAGACAGAUGGACAACAGCUGGAGGCUUGGCCCGGCCAUGGGGCUCUCUGCGGGACAGUCCCAGCUGCUAAUGUCGCUGUUGCUGCUACUGACCCAUGUCCAGCCUGGGACAGGCGUGACUGCCCCAGAGCACAUCAACUAUGUGCCCCAGCUCUCAAACGACACCCUGGCGGGGAGGCUCACCCAGUCCACCUUCACGCUGGAGCAGCCUCUGGGCCAGUUCCACAGCCACAACAUCUCUGACUCGGAUACCAUCUGGCUGGUGGUGGCCCUCAGCAAUGCCACCCAGAGCUUCACGGCCCCACGGUCAAACCAGGACGUCCCGGCUCCUGCCAACUUCUCCCAGAGGGGCUACUAUCUCACACUGAGGGCCAACCGGGGGCUGUACCCGGGUGGCCAGGCCAGAGGCCAGCUCCGUGUCCUCCGCGUCGGCAAUGAUACCCACUGCCAACCAACAAAAAUUGGCUGCAACCAUCCCCUCCCGGGACCCGGCCCCUACAGGGUGAAGUUCCUGGUGAUGAAUGACGAAGGACCCGUGGCUGAGACAAAGUGGUCCAGCGACACUCGCCUGCAGCAAGGUAGGGGCCAGAGGCUCCGCCUGCUCCCUGCUGGCUGGAGAACUUAA